AUGCGCCUAGCCCUUACCGCGCGCCGCUUUAGAGAGACCAAGAGCAAGACGUUGGCCCUGCAGGCCGAGAAGGAGGCUGAGCAGCGCAAGGAGAAGGAGACACAGCCCGUCAAGGAGGAGGUGAAGAGCAGCCGCAAGUCCAAGAAGGAGUCCAAGAAGACCGCCCCCGAUGAGCCGCCCGCCGACGGGCCCGCCAAGGCGCUGAGCGUCCCCGGCGCCGGGACACAGGUGCAAAAGUGGAUCCAGCGUGCGUUGGACAUGGGCGUGCCGGCGCUGCGCGAGGAAUACCGAGGACUCUCCAAGUGGUGCCCGGAUGGCAUGACCGUCGACGCGUUCAAGGCUGCCCAGCCCGAGAACAAGAAUCGGUGCAUGAUCAUCCAGGAAGAGGUCGAGACCAUCGUCAUGCUGUGCAACUUGGUCGAGCAGGGCAAGCUCAAGUGCUUCAAGAUCAAGCCCAUGAGUCCCGAGGAGCCGUCAGUGAACGUCUCCGUGCUGCGCAUCGACUUCAAGAAGGACGACAAGCCGGCCACGCGCGACGAGCUGCUCUCCCGAAUCCGCGGCACGCAGAAGCCGAUCGCCGUCCAUUGCUCGGCUGGGAUCGGGCGCACUGGGACCAUUGUGGCUAUUGAAUACAUCCUGGAAUGCCUGCAGCACGGCAAGGACUGCGUCGACAUGGACAAGCUGCUGAAGGAGUUGCGCGAGCAGCGGCCCUGGUCCAUUCAGAAUGAUUUGCAAUACCUCUACAUUCACCGCAUCCUGCUCUUCUACUUCCUCGACAAGUACAAGGCGCAGAACAAGUCGGUGCUCACCCCGGAGAACGUCGAGAAGUACAACAAGUUCAUCGAGGAGUACGACGCGGCCACCCGA